AUGCCCCUCUAUGCAAAGUUCCUGAAGGAGCUCAUGACACGAAAAAGAAAUUGGGGAGAGAAGGAGACUGUAGUCCUAACUGAGGAGUGUAGUGCCAUAAUACAAAAGAAACUCCCCCAGAAAAUGAAGGACCCAGGGAGUUUCCAAAUCCCCUGCAUUAUAGGGGAUAUCACUACUGAAAAGGCCUUAUGUGACUUAGGGGCUAACAUCAAUCUCAUGUCCUUGAACAUGAUGAGAAGGAUGAGAAUCGAGGAAGCCAAACUAACAAGAAUGGCACUCCAACUAGUUGACAGGACAUUCAAGUUUCCACAUGGAAUAGUGGAAGAUUUAUUAGUGAAAGUGGGAGAAUUUAUCUUCCCAGCUGACUUUGUUGUGCUGGAUAUGGAAGAAGAGGCAAACACUUCAAUUAUCCUAGGAAGGCCAUUCUUAGCUACUGUUAGAGCCAUUAUUGAUGUACAAAAAGAAGAACUAGUCUUGAGAUUACAUGAGGAAAAGAUGGUCUUCAAUGUCUUCAAGGCAAUGAGUUAUCUCAAGGAAUCAAUAGGAGAAUGCAUGAUAGUGGACACCAUAGAAUAG